AUGGAGGAUGAGGUAGACGCCAACGUGGAGAUGCUUGGGACGUCCGUCGUCGCCGAUCGCGCGUCCAUGGUGCUAUCUGAUGUGGGGGCGGCUAUGGCAGAGGAACAAGUUGUUAUGGAUCAUGAUGGGCGAGUAGCCCUUUGCAAUGGGCAAGCAAUUCAUGUGUUGGGCGAGCAAGGUGGGACGAAGGAAAGAACGAGAGGGGCGUGCAGCUCACGUGACAAGCGAGCAGGAUAA